GCAUUGAAUUGCAUUGCUCAUACCAUCACGUGCUUACUUGAAUAACUUCAAUCUACUUCGUACUGUUGCAAUCUGUUUGUCAGAUGAUCUGCUGUUUCAUCCUGUCUAUCUAGUUCCCCAGCUCCAACUCCUCUCCCUCUUCGAUGUAACGAUAAUUCACAAGCCAGUUAUAGGACACCGUCGCACAUCCCCGCCUUCUUAGGGGACCACUAACCUUCGAGUCUUGUUCUGGUGGCCGCUGAUCCUUCGUCCUGGCAUCCUUAUCGCGCGUGGCCGCUUCUACCUUAACACGAGCUUCUGCAGCAACUUUUCCAACUAGCGGGCUAGGCUAGAGAGGUACAACAAAUCCAGCCCAUGACCGCCCGCAGAGGCAUUCUCGAUGAGCGGGCGCCACUUCUUCAGUCUGGAAGCACGCGACGAAAUGACGAAGGCACAGAUAAGGAUAUUGAGAACACGAAAGACCCAGCGGGUCUCAUCGCGACCGCUUCCAUUGAUGAUAUCCGGGCUGAGGCUCGUAUUGCUGCCGAUGAAGAACAUGGCCGGGGCUUUUGGCAAUCUGCCAGGCUCUAUCCAUCUGCCGUCUUCUGGUCACUCUUCUUCUCUCUUGGUGUGAUCAUGUGUGCAUUCGAUCCACAACUGCUCGGCCAACUGUAUGCGACUCCCAAGUUCCAGAAAGAUUUCGGGUAUUUGUACAAAGGCAACUGGAUCAUCUCCGCACCAUGGCAGACAGGGUUGUCAAUGGGAUCUCCCAUCGGCCAGGUUGUUGGCGCAUUCUGCGCUGGUUAUCCUAUGGAAUGGUUCGGUCGCAAGAAGACUUUUGGAGCCUGCGUGAUCUUCACCACCGGCUUCAUCUUCAUUCAAUUUUUCGCAAGGUCAUUACCAGUCUUGCUUGUUGGAGAGCUGCUAGGUGGACUAGUCCUGGGAACAUAUGCCGUCAUUGCUCCUGCGUAUGCCUCGGAAGUCUGCCCACUUGCUCUACGAGGUGUACUCACGUCUUGCACCAACAUAUGUUUUGUUACGGGCCAAUUGAUCGCUAAUGGAGUCAUUGCUGGUACGCAAAGACUCGACAGUCAUUGGGCGUAUAGUGCUCCUUUCUCAGCACAAUGGGUGUGGCCGCUUGUCAUAUUGAUCGGUCUUCCAUUCGCUCCCGAGAGUCCUUGGUGGCUUCAGCGUCAAGGACGAUUUGAAGACGCUGAAAAAGCUCUUAAACAACUAGCGUCGUCUAAGGUCGAUGUCAAGCCGACAUUAGCCAUCAUCAUCGAAACCGACCGACUCGAAAGGGAGAUCGAGACGGGCUCGACGUAUCUCGAUUGCUUCAAGAAAAUAAAUCUCCGUCGUACCGAAAUAGCUGUUGGAGUCUACACCAUACAGGUGCUUAGUGGUAUUUAUCUAGUAGGAUACGCUACGUACUUCUUUACUCUCGCCGGACUGCCGACUGACCAAGCGUUCAAUAUGGGCGUGGGAUUCCUGGCUGUGGGAUUCGUCGGAACCUGCUGUUCCUGGGUUCUGCUGGUCCAUUUCGGACGGCGUACAAUCUACAACUACGGCCUCGCAACGCUUGCUGUCCUCCAAUUCAUUAUCGGCAUCCUCGACUGCGCACCCAACUAUGACAACAGACCUUCGAUUGCAUGGGCCGAGGCAGUCCUCAUGGUGAUUUGGAAUUUCGUUUACGACAUAUCCAUCGGUCCAGUGUGCUUUGUGUUGCUUUGCGAGGUGUCGGCCACAAGAGUCCGUAGCAAGACCAUCGCUCUUGCAACGGCAGCACAGGCGACGGCGGGUAUCGUCAUGACAGUCGCUAUCCCAUACAUGAUUAAUGCCGAUCAAGCGAACAUGCGAGGUAAACUGGGGUUCUUCUUUGGAGGACUUGCGAGCCUGUGUUUACUCUGGGCAUUCUUCAGAGUUCCGGAACUAAAAGGAAGGACGUACCAGGAAGUCGAUAUCAUGUUCGAGCGCGGCAUCAAGACCCGCGAAUUCAAGAACUAUGUGGUCAGCAGAGAUUGAGGACGCUGAACCAUGUUGGAUAUGUGGGUUCACCUUGUUAUGUAUGUGGCUGGGUAUCACGUGUUCCUUCCAUAUUGAGACACGCAAGGCUGUUGUCUUAUAGGCUGGUGAUCAGUACGAUUAAGAGUGACCAUGUACCAAAGUGAUUU